AAACAUUACCCCUUCCAAGGGAAAAUCUGAAGCAUUUGGAGGGCCUCUCAAGGACAAAUACUAUUCUUCCAGAAAUGAAGCUAACAUCUUGUUAGCUAGAACUAGUUAAUAAGGCCUCACCUGACAUGAAAAGUGAUCAGACAGCACAACCCUGGGAGAGAAAGGGAGACGACCAAUGCAAGGCACUGUUGGCUGUCACAGCAGUAGGUGGUGUGACCCUCUGAGGCCACAGAUGGGAGUCUGGAAAGGUGAGAAAAUGCUCAUCAGUGAGAAAGCCCAUUUUUGGUCAGGAAGAAUUAUGCAAAGUAGAUCUGAAGGAAAUUUGGCUAGCAUGGAAGACCAAACGAACUCCAAAAAGUACAAUAUUACAGAAUGCCAAGACCCUCAUUUGCUUCACAAUUGGCCAGAUGCUUCUAGUCUUCCUGGUAAUAAUGCUUCCAAAGCUCGCAAUCCAUUCUGGAAUGAACUAUCUGCUUCUAACCCAUUUUUGGAUGACAUAACUCAGCUAAGAAAUAGCCAGCAGAGAGAUCAUGUUUCCAUCUUGAAGGAAGAUCCUUUUCUUUUUUUAAGAGACAUAAAAACCGGGGAUUCUUUUGAUUCCUCUGGUGAUGAAUUUGAUGUGCAUAAGUUGUUCAGGCAUUCCUCCUCAAGGAGAUCGGGAAGAUCCAAAAGUGUUUCAGAACUUCUAGACAUUUUAGAUGACACUACCCGUCCUCAUGAGAGUAUUCACAAUUCUGACCAGAUCUUAGUGCAAGACUUAGAGUGGCUUCAAGAUGAAAGGGAAGCUUAUAAAAUGGCUUGGUUAAGUCAACGUCAGCUGGCCCGCUCCUGCCUGGAUUUGAAUACCAUUAAUCAGAGUCCGGGAUGGGCCCAGACACAGGUUGCAGAGACCACUACAAUUUGUAAAUUAGAUCACCAAGGAGGGUCUGUACAAUUACCUGACUCAGACAUCACUGUUCACGUUCCCAAAGGUCAUGUAGCUGUGGGAGAAUUCCAAGAAGUCUCACUAAGGGCUUUUCUGGAUCCUCCCCAAAUGCUCAAUCAUGAUCUUUCAUGCACUGUAAGCCCUCUUUUGGAAAUCACAUUAAGCAACCUUAACACAAAGGAAGCUAUUCUGCUGGAAAUGAAAAUAGGGGCUGAAGUGAGAAAGGAUCCUUUCAGCCAAGUCAUGACAGAAAUGGUGUGUUUAUACAGCCCGGAAAAAGAAGGCCCUUUCAGAGCAUUAAACAUCUGCUAUAUUUAUAAAGACACCAUCCAAGUCAAGCUAAUGGACUUCAGUCAGGUGAUGUAUCUAGUGAUUGCUGCCCAAGCAAAAACUGUUCAGUCACCAGCUGCCACCAUUUGGGAUUACAUCCACAAAACCACCUCAGUUGGAAUCUAUGGACCCAAAUACAUCCAUCCUAGCCUCACUGCUGUUCUUAUUGUCUGUGGACACAGCUACAUGCCAGGAAAACUUACAGUCUCUGAUAUUAAGAAGGGUGGGAAAAACACAUCUCCAGUUGUAUUUCAGCUCUGGGGGAAGCAUUCGUUUUUACUGGACAAACCAAAAGAUUUAAGUAUUUCCGUCUUUUCGUGUGACCCAGAUUUUGAAGUAAAGGUAGAAGGAGAAAGAAAAGAAAUUAAACAAAAUCAGUUGGAAGCCGGCGAAGUAGUUCAUCAACAAUUUCUGUUUUCUUUGGUUGACCACAGAGAGAUGCACUUGUUUGUUUUCCGUGUUCAGGUGGACACUCACGACAACAGACCAGUUGCGCAGUUCUUUAUCACAUCACCUGAUCCGGCUCCAAACUUAAAAAGGCUCUCAAAUCUGCCUGUUUAUUUGAAGAAGGAAACAGAAGUGAAAUCUGCUCCUUUACUGCCAACACUGCCUGUUAAGUAUCCCACAUUCCAAGAUAAAAAUUUGAACUUUACCAACUAUGGUGUGACGCUAAAGACAGUGCUAAGACAAACCAAGCUGGACUACUUACUCGAGUAUUUCAAAGGAGACACAAUAGCUCUUCUUGGAGAAGGGAAGGUAAAAGCCAUUGGGCAAUCCAAAGUGAAAGAAUGGUACGUGGGAGUCCUCCGAGGUAAGAUCGGACUUGUGCACUGCAAAAAUCUCAAGGUGAUUUCAAAAGAACAACUAAUGCCUGUGUCUGACAGUAUCUUUACAACCAGGAAUCUUCUUGAACAAAUUGCUCUGCCCUUUAAACGACUGACUUAUAUAUACUCCGUUGUAUUAACCUUGGUGUCUGAAAAAGUGUAUGACUGGAAAGUUUUAGCUGAUAUCCUGGGUUACUCACAUCUGGCACUGGAAGAUUUUGAUCGAGUACAAGUGAGCAAAGAAUCAGAAAGGGUUUCUUACGUUGUAAAGAAGUUAAAGGAAGAUUGCCAUGCUGAUAGACACACGAGGAAGUUUCUUUAUGAACUCAUCGUGGCUCUGCUAAAAAUGGACUGCCAAGGGUUAGUAGCACAUCUAAUUCAAGAGGCUGUUAUUUUGACUUCAGCUGUCAAGCUUGGAAAAGACUGGAGGGAACUCGCUGAAAAGUUAGUGAGACUCACAAAGCAACAAAUGAAGGCAUAUGAAAUUCCCCACCAAGGAAAAACUGGUGAUGUUGCUGCUGAGAUGAUGUGGAAGCCUGCCUAUGAUUUUCUCUAUACUUGGAGUGCCCACUAUGGAGAUAGCUACAGAGAUGUGCUACAAGACCUUCAAUCUGCUUUGGACAGAAUGAAGAAUCCAGUGACCAAACAGUGGAGAGACUUAAGUGGAGCUUUACUACUAGUGAACUCUCUGGAGUUUUUGAGAGCAACAGCAUUCUCUAUUCCUGAGGAAGUAUAAAAAUGUGCAGUAUUUACUGGAGUCAAGGAGAAUGGUAGUAAUAAAAAUGUGUGUGUGUGUGUGUGUGUGUGUGUGUAAAUUUCAAAGGCAUUCACUAGUUUGGUUUGUUGAGGGGAAAAAAAUCCUCUUCUCUCUUUGAAAGAUAUUUUCAGUUUUUUUCAAGUUAAAAUAAUGUUGCUCGAGUAAGUCCCCCAUACAGACACAAAGAUAAUGUAAGGGCUGGGUCAAGUGGAAUUUUACCAGGAGAGGAGGAGCACACACUGGGAGGCCACUCAGGCUACACACUUUCUGUAACUGGUCUUAUUCCUGGCUUGUGUUUGCCAGCAUUAUUUCCAUGUCAGAUGUGGAAAAACCAAGGAAUAAAGAGGAUACCUGAGGCUAGUGUAAAGUAGGUUUUUUAGUUGAAAAAUCUGCUUCUGUCUUUUAAACAUUUACGCAUGUCAGAAUAGGAAAAAUAAGAAGAAAAAAUAAAUAUUUACAGCUCACAUCAGUAGCUAUUACAUUUUAAUUAAAGCUUGCUCUUCUUUUUACCAUCUCUUGGAAGAGUACCAGAAGGAAAAUGAGAUUUUUCUUCAGAUAUCUGUUGUCUGAAUGGGUGGACCCAAGGUUUUCACCAGCUUCUUUCAGCAUCUUGGGAUGAAUCUAAUACUGCUUAACUCAAAUUUUUUUUUCUGCAGAUUCAUAAUGUGAAGUAGUCUUUAUCUCUCAGGAACUUUUAAUAACAUACAUUAUUAUAAACAUAUCCACCUAAAACCUGAUUUGUUCCUGUUCGGGAUAGCAGGUUUAACCCUUAAAAAUACUGUUAUUUGUUUGUGUCUGUGUUUUCAUAUAUAAGUGUGUGUGUGUGUGUAAUAGUGUGUGUGUGUGUGUGUGUGUGUGUGCGUGCGUGCGUGCACAUACCAGAAUGUUUUAUUAUGCUCUUGGAAAACAUAGAUAAACCAGAAUUUGAGCCAGUAUAAAUACUAAUAGAUCACAGAGUUCACAAAAAGAUGAUCUGUGCUCACACAUACGUUCAGUGUUCUGGUGGCUGCCAGUGCUUAUGUGUUUUGACUGCCAUUCGUCUGUUGUUACUCAGUUGACAAAGAAUGUGUGCUAUUUUGUGGCAGGCAUAUAGGCACUUGAGGAUAAUAGUGGGAAACAUAUGAUCCCUGGCUUCAGGACUGCUGAAUGAUCCAGGCAGACAAUAAAAAGUGAUUCCAUUAAAUGUACAAUGGCCUCUGUCACAACAGCUACAAUGGAGAGGCUAUGGUGCUAAGAGUUACAGGGUAUCUAUAGGUACCAUCCUCUGAAUGGGACAGGGUAAGUUUACCUUGGGAAGGAAACUAAGACCAUGCAGGGGGGUCAGGCAGCCCCUGAUGUGAAGAGGGUACUGGAAUUUAGUGAUGCCUUCUGGCAGGAGGGAGCUUUGUGCAGUAGAGCCAGGGUAAAGGGGUGAAGGGGUGAGGGCAAAGAGCUAAAGUCAAGGUGGGAGUGAAGGGAGGGGGCAGAUGAUAUAUCAGGGCCACUAAGUCCUCUAGAAUUUAGGGGAAAAAAAGACUGGGCCUUACAGGUAAUGUGGAUGAGCUGAAUAAGGAUUUUGUUUCAGCAUCCUGAAUAAAACAUGUCCAUUUGGCUAAAGAAGUAAAGGCAGAAUCUUAUGGUUUUUAAUACACCCUCAUUUUAAACCCACCCUGGGGUUUUUGGUAUGCCAGCAAAGGUAAUUUGAAUCAGAGUUUAAGAACAAUCUUUAAGGCUUUCAAUAUUUAUAUUUGAUGAUAUGAGGACACAACCCUACCAAGGAAUGAUACACACACAUUCAAGAGCAGAAUUUAUUUUAACUGAAAAUAAAUUCAGGGAGAAAGGAAAAAGAAAACAAUUAGUAAGUUCAGAACACACUCCUUUGUAGAGUGAUUUUGCUUCUUUAGAACAUUCUUAGAAGAUUUUUACAUGUCAAGAAAUGGGCCCAUUUGGGGACUGCACAGUAUAGAAGCAAUAACUGGGUUUUCCCUGGCUACAAGAUCUGAGAAGAAAGAGACCUUGGAUAACUGUUUAGUGUAGUAAGAUUAAGUAAAUAAUUUCAGGCUUAUGCCUCAUUGUGUUUUGAGACUGUGGUUGGGAAUUUUAAGAAGAGUUUUAAAAAAUGAAAAACAUGAGCUCUGUAAUUUAAGUAUGAAACAAUGGUUUAAUUAUUAAUGUACACAAAGAUAUUUUAUAAUCUCAUAACAAAUCCUUCUAGGGGAAUUUUAAAGCCAUGUCCAAACAUUCUGUUUUUGUAAAUUUAUUCUAAUAUGUUUUAUAAAUUGUUACUACUUCUGUGGAUUUUAUAUUUUUCUUACUACAAUGGAUUUUUGCAAUCUGAAAAGAUUAACUUGGUAAUCAUGAAUCGCCUGUAUUUGACAGAAAGCCAAUGGAAUUAAUGAGGAACUUGCACUCUGUCCUUGACAUCAUUAAAAGUAUCAAAAGCUAUUAAUCCAAAAUUUCUUUAAGCAUUUCAAAAAUGGGGAAAGCUUAGAUGAUUCUUUCAGUUCCUCAGGCUUUUCAUGUAAUAAUGUAUGAAUUACGAUAAGAUUUUAGUUCAGCCCCUAGCUUGCAGUGUGGCCCUUUUUCUAUAAGCCACAGAUCCACUCCAUCCUUGGGUGAAAGGCUUCAUAGGCAGCAAUAGGAGUCAUUCAGCUCUACCUCCCUGACAGUUCCUGCCAACAAUGGAUGCACCACAAUUCAUGUCCUAAAUUGUAGAAAAUACUUCUAGAAACUUUGUACGUGGAGAUACUUGAGUUUCUCAAAGACAUAAAGUGCUAAAUCAAUGGAUGAAGUGGGGUUGAAAAUUUUUUCCUAGUAAGUAACUUUGUUAUAUGAACAUACAAUAGAGAAAAAUAGAUUUAACUUGUACAAUGCCAAAAUUGGGACUUUUAUAAUGUAAUUUCCAUAUGGUGCUACUUUAAUCAUACUUUGGCAAUAUUUUAAUGUCUAAGGAACAACUGAGAUAAUGUAAAAGGAAAAUAAUGAAAAAUUAUAUCACUGGAG